AAAUUUAUAAUAUCUCCCUAUCGAACGAAAGAACGUCCCAGUGAAAUAUUUUUCGUUGUUUAUUUAUUAUAUUUUAUGGAUUUGCAUUAAUUUGUAUAAUUUGAUCUAUUCUUAAAAUCCAAAUAUCCCAAGACUCAUGAAGGGCUAAAUAAUCCUGACCGUUUUUUCAACCUAAGCCUCUUAUUAAUUUAUGUUUGUGAAAGCUUCUUUGUUUCAGUGAUAUUAUUUUCUGAAAUUCCCAACCAUUUCAUGUUUUCACGGAUUGUUUUUUUUAUUAACGUGUUAGCAUUGUGUGCAUUCUUUAGAAUUUUGCUUAGUAUCGUUUGUUUUCUUUUUAAUAACGUUUAAAGUACAUUUUUGUAAAGGUUUAUACGUUUCUAAUUGCCAGACCUCCUUCUACCGACACUCCGUUUUCUGGUGAUAAGUGUACUAUUAUGAUUAGACUAAAAGGAACAAAAUAUCUGACUCGAGACACGACAGACUUCCAAGACAAUCUUAUAAAUGGCUACAGAGCCUUGAUCGCGGACAUACAAGUCCGAACACAGAAGUCCCGGGAGGACAUGGACACGCUGGUGUCUCAAAUAAAGUUGUUGAUGAAGAACGAAGCUGACAAAGCUAUUAACUACAUGACUGUUUAUCUUGAACAAAUUUCAUUAUAUUUUCAGGUAAUCAUCCACGACCGCAAACCUCGCAAUGGAACUUACUGCAAAGAGAGUAUAGUUAAGCUUCUGGGAGAGAAUCUUCAGUUAGCCGAUGAAAACGUCACGCUGUGUCUUGCUCUGGGCUAUCAAAGAGUACAAAGGUUACCAGAGAAACUUCAAGUCCAUUUCGAGACGCUAGAGAAUUUGAAAAAGUACUCCGCAUCAAAACUUUUCGAGUGUCAGAAACAACAGCAGGUUGGCGGCAACUGUUCUCACGAAAGUCAAGAUUUAGAAAGGACAGUCUUCCUGUACGAAACUUCACCGUUCCCGGUAGUGAUGGCUGAAAUUGCAAUCCACGGGUUCAAAGAAGUGUCAGAUCUAAGCGUCUGCCUAAAGGACAUCAUAUCCAGGAUGAUGACUCACUCCGUGAAAGUUAUUGGCGACUUUAACAGAUGCAUCCACAACAUUGAAAUGCCAAAACUGAAGUAUCUUCUCAAGUUCAUGAAGAAAUACGCUUAAUGAGGUUGAUUGUAUGUGUUAUGAAAACAGGUAACGAAUUAUUAUAUCUGUAAACUGUCCUGAGGACAAGAUUUCUAUCGCUGAAAUAUCACAUUUAGAAGAUCGGAAUUAUUAUUCUAAGUAAUGCAGCUGUGUGACUGUCGCAAAGAAAAAAUGCGCCAUGUAGUUCAUUCAUAUUUUUUGAAUCGGUUUAAUACACACCACUGAGUACUGUAAGAUCUAUGUAUCCCUAAAUUGUACAGUACCUAAUUCUGCACUGAUACCUUUAAAAUAGGUAGGCUUUAAAAUAGGCUCCAGACAGGAGCAGAUUAAACUCCUUAAAUCAAUAGAAAUUUAGUGGGCCUCAUUGUCUAUCAAUACUUUGUGAUGCUAUAUUUAAACCUAGUCCUAAAAAAACUUAAGAAGGUAAGGUCCGUUACCUUCUUUAGUUUUUUUUAUACAAGAUACUUGCUAUGAUGUAAUGUACCUGCUGUAGUUAAUAAAUUUUUUUUCACACAACAAACAAAUAGCGACAUGAUUAUACCGAUGUAAGUCACAUAACAUUGCGAAAUUUUUCAAUUUAGAGCAAUACUCGCCAAAAGGUAGUAUCGGAUAUCCGGUUCCCAUUAGAUACAUUCAAGUCAAAUUUAUUGACUUGAAUAUAUUAUACCUUAGAGAUUUAGUACCGAUCAUUAUUAUAUAAUUGUAGAUUUUUUAUACCAUAAAUAUAACAAAUGUUUUUUUAAUAAUUUACUUAUUUAUUAACAUAAAUACAAGUUCCCCCUACUUUCUAAACUCUAUUUGCAAAUGUAUGAAUGUUGUGUGACAUUUUAAAUUAAUUUGAAUUAAUUUCUUUGUAAAUAAUUUUAAACUAAGUUGAAAAACAUUUGUAAGAAUGUUAUUUUCACUAACAUUCUGAGAAUUAAUUUUAAAUUAAGUCAAUUUUUUAUUCAUGCAGUUUGUUUGUGUCGUUUAACAAGAAUUUUUGUCUAAUAAAAUAGAUUAAUUCCGAAAAGGGUUUAUCUUAUCAAUUUUUUUCUUAUGAUGUCAAGGGACGGGACGAACAAGUCGCAUGCCCUUCGUCUAGCGUCACACCUGUCCAUA